AUGAGGCAAGAAGCAGGGUUAAUCUGUCAUUGUCAAAGGCCAUGUAAAGCGGUCCUGGAGUCUAUGGCCUUAAUCGCUGUUCUACUCUUUGUGUCUGUUAUUGUACCUGUGCUUCUCUGGGCUUCGAUAGCGUUUCCUUUGGCUUAUGUUAUAGACUUCCUAUUUGGCAGCAUUCUCAGAGGUGCUGAUCAGUCGUGUUCCCAACAAAUUCAAAACAACCCAAACAUAACCAUCAAACAGUGCAGGGAAGAGCAAAGGUCGCCAGACGCGAUUUUUGAUCGAUAUGUCUUGUUCAUGACACCCGUUUUGGUUGCCUUUCUGUCGCAUGUUCUUACCGGUUGUAUUCCAAGGGCAAAAAAGCUUUUUCAGUUUUUUACUUAUUUUUGCGUUAUCUUCUUCGCACUUGUCUUUUUCCUUGGUUCAUAAAUGAUUUUCUUCAUGUUCUUUCAAUUUGGAUGAAAAUUUUGGUCCUUGUUCCUCUGUUUUUCGUUUGGAUUUCUUUUCCCCUUAACCGCACAAUUGCCACACUUAUGAUUGGCAUAUACAUUAUUUCAUUUGUUGUUUUCUGGCGAGUCUACGAGGAGAGCGCUUUGGGUUUUGUAUUUGACGAGAAAGAAUUCGAUUUGCUGCUGGGAUCAUCAAUACUUUUGCAUUGGAUUGGUCCUCCGAUGGUUACCAUUCAACAACGCCUAGGACACGUCUAUGUAAGGUACGAUUUUCAAAAGACAUUAUUAACGUUUUCUAUAGGAACUGUUAACCCAGUCUUAAAACAAGUGUUAGAAAAAAUACUGCGUUUUUGUGGUGUUAUUGAGAAAGGCAAGGAGCAGGAUUGCAAAUUCUAAGUGUCCCGCGUUUGAUCAAGCCGUUAUGAGAUCUUAUAAACGGCAUUAACCAAUCAUUGAUGCAAUGUUGAGUUAGUCGCUAUGAAAUUGGAAAGAAUUACAGUAACCUUCUCCCAAUUGGUCGCCAGCUCUAUAUUACACAGACACCUUCCUAAAAUUACCACUUAAAAUUAUCCACUGCGAUUCUUCAGUCAUUUUGUUUGACUCUCCAUAAUGCAAACACCGAUAUGUAUCGAAGACGGACACUCCGGUCUCAACUAUCCAAGUUGACAAAGCGCCCACAGUAAGUUGUCUUCGCACUUAAAAUCUUGGGUUAGCAUGGGGAGGAGGGGUUAUGAUUGGGUAACUGUUCAUCCUGGCGCGUAAUCCGCCGAAAUUCACCCCGUAAGGGUGAAGACCUAGUCCGUCACCUAGGACCCCAUGCCGUGCUGUUUAUAGAAUCCAACCAUAAAAAAAUAUAAAUUUGAGUGGAAUUUGUUUUUGCAAUUUUUUGUUUCUGUUACUGAAUCGUUAAGGGAGUUUUGAUUUAAUUUUCGCGAUACACAUUCUUUUCAUGGUAGGUGGAUUAUCCAGAAGGCAUUUUUCUAUCCAAAGACAGUAGGCAAGUGUGGAUGCGAGGGAAUCAGUUGGCGAAACCUUUUCCUUUACUGUCCAACCUGCUGCCAGCCAAAUGGUAAACUAGGAAACAUAAGGCCCAACCAGGCUUUGACGUUAGAUGAUUUAGAUGAGUUUACACCGACGUACAUAGGGUGCACUACGGGUAACCAAUGGAAACGAAGCCCUUCUCCUAGAGAGGCUCACUACGAAGUCCUUACCAUGAGUUCGCAAAGUAUUGAGCGUCUUGACCGCCGUCAGAGCGAGGGGGAACUACAAGGAAAACUGAUGCCUGUCGAUGUGUAUCUAUCUGAUGUGGUAGCUACAUCUGCGUCGGCGCUCAACUAUCACAUGGGAAGUAUGCAGGGCGAUGAGGAACCUUUCAAAGACUUAAAAGUACUACUUGGGUUGUCAACUGGCUCAUCAAUCGUCUCUGAUGAAAGACACGAGAGAAAGAGGCCCUUCUGCGUUCAGGUAAGGAUUUUCAUUCAAUAGGAUAUAUACAUUGCAUUCUACUUUUUUUCUUUCAACGAGGACAAGAGUAGAUUAUCCACCAGAAAAGUUGAUGUGAUGUGGGUACUAGGCCAAGGACGCGUGGGGAGCGGGAGGGGGAGUUUCUUGGGGAUUGGGGCCCCCUCAAAGUUAUGACCGCCAAUUACCUAGCGACGUUUCCUCCAUUUGUUUUCUGGAACAUUCGUAACUCGUCGCAGCCUGUACGUCAACGUUAACGUUUCGCUUUCAACCCAGGUUUGACAGCCAGUUGGGCGAACUUUCUAUUUGUGUCUAAAUCAAUUAAAUCAGUACUUAACUCAGCAUUAUUUCAUCAAACGUAUUGUAAUAACAGUCAGUGUGAUCCAGGCUCUAGGCUAAAAAACAAAUGAAAUCAUCGAUCGCGAUAAAGGCGCUGCUAUUUCAAGGAUUAUGAUUGUCAGCGGACACGUUCCUAUCGUUUUAUAACCUAAUCAAAUUUAGAGAAGUAAUGGUUAGCCGCAUAAAGGUUUGGCCAAUAAACUGAAAAAUAUGACUUCUAAAUGGCGCAACUUUAGGUCUUUAUGUUGAAAAAAUGAUGUUAACUUGAUGCUGUGAAAAUUUGUGGGCCCUAUCAUUUGCGAAGAUGAGGGAAAGAUUGGGGAAGCUCCGUUACUACCCCGGACCCAGGAGCGCUAAAAAAAGCCCAGUCUCAAUAGGUUUGAGACAGACGUUUUAGCUUCUUAGACUCUCAGGUUAUUAUUAGUUAUUCGCCCGUCGCACCAAAAAGAUUAACUUAACGCGUUAGGGCACAGUAAAAUUUUGGGCAACUCCUUACGAAAUGAAAGUGGGUUCGGUAAGUGCAUGCACCAUAUUGACUUUGGGCCACAUGUGAACCCAAAGAAAAUCAGGCUUAUUCAGAUCCUCAAUUCCAAGAUUCGUCUACCACAACAAUUUCAACAUGUAAGUACAUGAGUGAUAACAUGUUAUUUUCACAUAUGAAGAUAUCAAGUUUUCACGCGAAAGCUCACUUGGUAUUUCAUUGGUGUUUAUAUUAUAAACGAUAAUAACGACUCCUAGUUCAUCCAAGAAAACGUCUAGAAAAGUAUAAUUAUGAUUAUCAAUCAACCCUUCACUGGGAAUCUUGCGCUCACUGAUGUUUUUUUUUUCUUUCUUUUAGAUUCUGCCGUUCUUGAUGGAGACGCUCCGUGGAGUUCCUUUGAUAGUUUUGUUUGCAGCUUAUCUUCGUACUCGCAAUGGAACGUACAUAAUAGCUGGAUUUCUCGUAAUAUUACUCUACGAUCGUUUUGUCAUUGAUAGCACUUGUACCCACAGGGAAUAAGCAUCGCGGAAGACUGGAGAGAAUCGCCAGGUAAGUAUGAUGCUUAAUUAUGAGGAAGAAACUUGUGUCAAAUAGAGUAUAAUCUACUGGGUAUAAACAAGCUGUUUACGUCGUUUAACUAUAGUCACUACAUUUAAAAGAUUUUCAUAUAGGUCCCCUGAGCGCCAAUAGCUUAGUUUACGUUUUGGGCGAGUCUCAGAACUCUGACAGAAUCGAAUAGCCCUGAAAAAUUAUCUCCUGUGUUUUAUUUGACAAUUCGAGUAAUGAACCAAAUAAAAACAAAUUUAUAUUCAAAAUGAAUGAACUAAUAGAUACCCUUACAACAUAACAGUUUUACAAUCAUUUUUUUUUUUUUUGCGAUGAUCAUUACUCGAUCUUCAUCCUUCCUGGGUAUUACGUUACGAAGCAAUUUAAUGGCUGCAAAAUCAUGGCUUGCCACCAAGCCCGGUACACCGGUAUCGCUGAGGUUAGGGUACCCUAGCUAGGGUUCCAGUCCCAGUUUUCAGGCUUUCUAUUUGCAACCGCUUUUUGAAUUAAGACACAACUUUUCCGCAAUGAUCUCCUUUGCAUUUGUUAGAUGGUUUACUAUCAACAUCCCUGUUGUCACUUACGUGCGCAACGCGCUGCAAGUUACCAACCAAGGUCCCAAUCCUCCAGCGGUUCUAUAUCUGAGUGAUGGAGGCCAUAUUGAAAACCUGGGAAUUCUGCCUUUGUUAAAGAAGAGGCUGCAGAAAAUUGUGUCCAUAGAUGGAGGACAGACGAUCCUAGACGAAGAUUAUGGAAGCAUUCUUUUGGAAGCUUUAAAUAUGGCGAGGAAGAAGUUGGACUGCUCUUUUUCAGGAAUGGAUGGGCGAGAUAUUGCUGAAGAUAUUCGAGAGAAGUUUGUUGAGAGAAUGCCUGGAUCACAGCCAUCAAGUAACAGGUGUGUAUCAAAACUGUCAGAAAUGGGUAUGAAAAGAAUGUGAAAUGAUGCUCGAACAACGAACCUGCUAGCUGCACAUGCAUUGAAUGAUUUCCUACCCCAGUAAAAUGAGUUGCUUAAUUCGUCAGUUGUGAUCAAUUAAGAGGCAUUUUUGUCCGCCUCAAUUUUUUUUCCAUACGCAUAAAUAAAUGAAAGAGUUUCUUCAAAUCUCUGGCACAUGGGUUUUCGUCGGGGUAGAAGUAAAACCUGGAAUGGUUUCGGUUGUAUUAAAAGAUCCCACUCGACAUGGAACUGAUUAAAAAUAAUAAAUAACCUUACAUCAUAUCUCGAACCGUAAGCUCAAUUUGGCUUCGAUAUUACAUUAUCUUGUACCGCACAAGAGACGUCACUUCCGCUUUUUUGUCUAAAACGUUAUGUGAAUAACACAAGCUUUUAUUUGCUUGUAUCAAAUUCUAAAUACCCCUGCGUUUAACCACGAUCUCAACGGCAUAUUCUGUUCAACGUAUAAUUGAGUGAAGCCUACUGUAAACAUUCCAUGCCAUGUCAUACAAAAUGGAUAUGUUGAUCCAUUCUGAAACAAAGGCCGUUCCCUAAAUAAAACAAAAGUUAAUUCCAUACAAUAAGAUGGAAAAAAAUUGGCAUCAAAGCCAGUCUUGUCUGCAGAAUCAUCCAUUCCUCUGCGAGAGGGAUGGUUUUCACACGUCAUAUAAUGCCCCUUGUUUGGAACUAACACCUUUUUGUAUUCCUAAAUUUGCCAGAUUCAAGGUACAAUACUACCAGAAAAAUAUUAACAGUGAAGGAAAAACCAAGGUCGGGGAAGGUGAAAUUCUGUACAUUGUUCCCAGACAUCCUAGUAAAGCUGUGAAAACUAAAGAGUAUGUGACGUGGGAGAACGCAUUGCAAGACAUAAGUGUUGAACUACCUGCAGAUCAGUGGGGAAACGGGCCCGAAUUAAAGGCUGAAGAAGCCGACCGAUUAACAUUUUGUUGCUGCGAAUGCUGCCAUGGAAAUGCAUGCCAUGGUUUCUCUGAAGCGAUGUGCGAGGCCUUUCCACAGCACUCAACAAAUAAUCAGUUCUUUACUCCAAGUAUGUUUUCAGCGUAUCAUAGGGAAGGUUACCGUGCAAGUAUGGAAGCUAAAGUAGAGGAGUUUCUGAAUGAAGAAUCCAACUCUUCCCCCUCAGCAGCAUUCAUGGUCUAA